AUGGUUAAUAGAGACCAGGAUGCAGACGAAGUAAUUCAUAGGGUUAGGAGAGAAAACGUGAUGGAAAAUGAAUUAACUACUAUGAUAGAGAGAAUCAUGGCCCAUAAUGGUCUGAAUACAGGACUUCGACGGCCAAAUUAUAGCUCUCCUUUAUCAGAAUACGUCCUACAAACUGAACUACCAAGGGGUUGUAAAAUCCCUAAGUUCACCAAAUUCUCAGGGGACACUAGUGAAUCCAUUAUAGAACACAUAGCUAGAUACAUGACUGAGGCAAGGGGUUUGGCGAACAGUGAGAACCUAAGAAUGAAAUAUUUCCCCAGUUCUUUAACGAAGAAUGCCUUCAUGUGGUUUACAACUUUGCCACCAAAUUCCAUUAGGAAAAAGUUAUAUACCCAGUAUCUAAGAGAUAUGGCCCAAUUAGCAAACAGGGUUCGACAGGUCGAACGUUUAAAAGCUGAAAAGGCCAGAGCGAAUAAGAAUUAUAAGAAAGAAAGGGUUGCUUAUGUCGAAUUCGAAGAUGAGGAGUCUGAAAUCUCUAAUGACCCUUAUGGUCUCGAGGAAUUCGAAGUAGAUUUGGCUGAAUUAAAAGAAGCACCCCCUUAUGCUUGUAAAUUACUUACACCUUCAAAUGGCAGGAAUCCUGUCGAAACUGAAAAGAAUGACAGAUCUCCUAAAAAGACUUACACAUUUGAUGUUACCAAAUGUGAUGAAAUCUUCGAUUUAUUAGUAAAAGAUGGCCAAAUGAUAGUGCCUCCUAAUACCAAAAUUCCUCCGUUAGAACAACAGAAGAAAAGAGGCUUAUGUAAAUAUCACAAUUUUUUAGGCCAUAAAACCUCACAAUGCUUUCUUUUCAGGGAUCUUAUUCAGAAUGCAAUUAAGGAUGGCCGCCUCAAGUUCGUUGACAAGGGGAAAAACCAGAUGAAGGUUGACGCUGACCCCCUCAACAUUGCUGACACAAAUUAUGCUGAACCUGUCGAAACCAACAUGAUUGACAUGGUGAAAGUGGAGGCUGUGAAGGAAACAGGAACUGAAGGCUAUGUGCUAGUUGGAAAGCAGGCUACUGAUGGCCUAAAUAAUGAUGUUCCCUUUGGAAUUUCUGUCGAAGGUGAACAGGUUGCUAAUGUCAAACCAAAGGCCACUGAAGGUCUUAAUGGGAAGGCAACUGAGGCUACUGAGGGCCUAAGGAAGAAAUUUGAGGAAAUUUCAAUCGCUGAUGGCGCCAAUCUAGGUGUCAACGUGGUGGAUCUAAACCAACCCCCCCCCCCCCCCAGAAAUGGAGGAAGUGGAGAGGUGUCUGAAGAUAGAUCAAGAGGGAAUGUAUUUUGGCUACCCCAAAGCUAA